GCUCCCGUUCCUCAUCCUGUGUGCGCGUGCGUGUUCUUCAGGGAACUAUCCGCAAAUGAAGUCACACUUCAUCAGGUCGGGGAAAGGUGCGCGCGGGAAGCGGGAUCAGAGCAGCGGGAAUACGCGCGGAGGCUGGUCCCUGUCAGUCAGCAAAGGCUUAAAUCUGAAAAAUGAAACUUCCUGUAGUGCUGUCGCUUUCUGUCUGCUGUUUGUUCAGUCUCACAGUAAAAUGUGAAAACUCUGUGACACUAAAGAUACCUGCACAUGUUGACCUGCAAAUUGGUGAUAUUCAAAACAUCAGUGUUGUUCCAAGUGCACGCUUGCAGGAGACUCUAGUUGUCAUAUUUAAUGUUACAUUCUCAUCGAAGCAGACUUCAGUUGUUGAACUGCCCGAAUAUAUUACAUUACCUUCUCACUCAGCGAAUUCAACGGUUUUACCAGUCAGAGGAGUUGAGGUUGGUCAGACUACUGUGUACCUUGAAAACAACUGCACCAGCAAUGUGACCAGAAUUCUGGCAAGAAUUCACUUCCUGGUGGUGCAGAGUAAUGUCCUGAGAAUCGUGUGUCAGCUGAUUGGUUGGAUUUACUUCUUCGCCUGGUCUAUCUCCUUCUACCCUCAAGUGAUCGAAAACUGGCGACGUAAAAGUGUGGUUGGUUUGAAUUUUGAUUUUCUGGCACUUAAUCUGACUGGUCACAUAGCAUAUGGCAUGUUUAAUAUUGGUCUCUUCUGGAUUCCAUAUGUUGAGGAACAGUUCCUGGUGUACAAUCCAAGUGGGGUGAACCCUGUGCAAGGUAGUGAUGUCUUCUUCAGUCUGCAUGCCAUCCUGCUAACAGUGAUUACAAUCUGCCAGUGUUGUUUUUAUGAGCGAGGGGAGCAGAAAGUCUCAAAAGUUACUACUGGAUUGCUGGUGGCUGCAUGGCUUUUUGCCCUUAUCACUUUGUUUGUGACUGUCGCGAAUAAAAUCACGUGGCUGCAGUACCUCUACUAUUUUUCCUACAUCAAACUUGUAAUAACAGUCAUCAAAUAUGUGCCCCAGGCCUAUAUGAAUUAUCGCAGGAAGAGCACAGUUGGUUGGUCGAUUGGGAAUGUGCUGCUAGAUUUCACUGGAGGAAGUUUCAGCAUUGUACAGAUGUUCUUACAGUCUUAUAACAAUGAUGAAUGGCUGCUGAUCUUUGGAGACCCAACAAAGUUUGGCCUUGGAUUGUUCUCUGUUAUAUUUGACAUUUUCUUCAUUGUACAGCAUUAUUGUUUGUACAGACAGAAGUCUGACUACCAGCCAAUCGACACAGAUAACUGAGAUUAUUUCUGCACAAUACAUCCAAACUCUGAAAAUUAUUCAAGGGGAAUUUCUAACAUCAUGCAAGAUCAUCAAAAGCAAUUGUGCUUGAAAAAACAUUAACUGCAUCAUUUGGUAAAAUCAAGGUGCUGAAAAUGGAAAGUUAAAAAUCACACAACACCAGGUUAUAGUCCAACAAGUUUAGUU